AUGAGGUACAAGAAGCCUGUUUCAGUUUGUAACGAGACAACUUCUGAUUUAGCAGGGGAAAUUGUUGCAGCACUAUCAGCAGCUUCAAUAAUAUAUGAGAUAACAGAAAAGAAGACCGGAUUCACAGCCAUAACUUACACCACCAUUGAUGCUUGUGGAGGUGAAGCAAGAAGGUUUGACGGAUUAUCCCGGUACCAAGAUGAGUUGGUCAGGGCAACAACUUGGUUGUUCUUUGCUACAGGGAACCUUACUUUUCUCGACUAUGCCACCACAAACUUUGCUGCAGCAACUGAUGAUGAAACAACGACUGACAAGGGAUCUUCUAUUGUGCUGAAGGUGAAGAUGGCUAAACUCACAAGAUUGAAAUCCUAA